GGUAAAGGAUGUCCUGUCAGCUGAGUGGAGUUCAUGUGACCGGCUGACAGUACAAAGUGUUAAGGAAUUGAGUGAAAAGAGAGGAUGGAGGGACACUGAGUGCAGUGGGAAAGAACACGACAAGCGGUACGAGCUGGGACCAAGUGGCGCCAUAUGAUUCAUACUGACGAUGCCUUCCAACAAGUCUGUGUCUGACGCCCCCAUCGCCCAGUUUAGGAACUGCAGGAUCCUCAGGGACCACACGCUGCACAGGGAGGAUCUGUGGGUGCGACAGGGAAAGGUCCUGAACCCUGAAAAACUGUUCUUUGAUGAAAAGGGAUCUGCUGACCUACAGGUGGAUUGCCAUGGGCUCAUAAUUGCGCCUGGAUUCAUCGACACCCAAUUAAAUGGUGGGUUCGGGGUGGAUUUUUCUCUUGAAUCCAGCGAUGUUAAAAGGGGCGUCUUAUUGGUCAGCAAAAAUAUACUGUCGCACGGAGUGACCUCUUUCUGCCCGACGCUUGUGACGUCGCCCUCGUCUGUCUAUCACAAGGUUCUUCCUCAGAUCUCUGUAAGGGAUGGCGGUCCAGAAGGGGCAGGAGUGCUUGGUGUCCAUCUGGAGGGGCCAUACAUAAGCCGGGAGAAGAAGGGUGCCCAUCCGGAACGAUGCCUGCGGUCUUUCAGUGAAAGGGGGUUUCCAGAUCUCCUGGACACAUAUGGGACGUUGGAGAAUGUCAGCAUCGUGACAUUGGCUCCUGAGAUGGAGAGGAGUAAGGAGGUGAUCAAAGAGUUGGUUCAGCGUGGGAUCUGUGUGUCCCUUGGUCACUCAGUCGCUAAUUUGUCUCAGGCUGAGGAUGCAGUGACUCACGGAGCCUCUUUUAUCACUCACCUCUUCAAUGCCAUGUUGCCUUUUCAUCACCGUGACCCGGGCAUUGUGGGCUUACUAACCAGCGAUCAGAUUCCAAAGGGAAAGACUGUAUAUUAUGGGAUGAUUGCAGAUGGAAUCCACACAAACCCAGCGGCUCUGAGAAUUGCUCACCGGGCACACCCCAAGGGUCUAGUUUUGGUGACAGACGCCAUCACAGCCAUGGGCCUCGGCCCUGGAAAACACACCCUGGGCCAACAGGAGAUACUGAUUGAAGGGCUCAAUGCUUAUGUGGCAGGAACACAUACGCUGGCUGGCAGCAUUGCUACUAUGGAUAUGUGUGUCAGGCACUUUCGUGAAGCUACAGGUUGUACAGUAGAGGAAGCUCUGGAAGCUGCAUCCUUACAUCCAGCCCAGGUCCUGGGUAUUGAGGAUCACAAAGGGACUCUGGAUUUUGGGGCAGAUGCAGGUACAGCAACGAAAGCCUAACCGGUAUCAGCACAAGAUUUUGUUUUACUGGACGACUCUCUGAAUGUUAAAGCCACCUACAUCGCUGGAAAGCUGGUAUGGGAAGCGUCGGCUCGGAAUUAAAGGAGAUGCGCAAGAAAGCCUGCCAGUACUUCUAUGUAGAACGGGAGCUGGAAGGCACAGGGGUAGCCUAGUAAUGAUACAACAUCACAAUGCAACUGUGAGGAUCAGCCAUUUUUCACUACUGCAGCCUGCCAACUGAAUUGUAGGACAGAUAAGGGCACUUUACUGCACCCAGAAGAAGGGGGUAUAAGAGCGCAGUGAUAUAGUUUUGGAGUUCGAUAUAAUCCUUGUGCUGUUGCUGAUUUCUGUACAGCUGCCGGCCAGUGUCCAUCCCCAUGGGGACAUCAGGAAUAUUUAGCAGAACCAGAUAGAGGGGCGGUGGCAUUUCCAUCGGGACAUCAGGAAUAUUAAGAAAAACUGGAUAGAGGGGCAGUACUUCAUUUGUUUUAGCUGCUGUUACACAUCAUGAUGGUAUUAUGUCGCAUCAAUGGCAGUUCUAUAUAAAAACACCAACAUGUUCCUUCUCAAUGAAGCAAGAAUUGCUACAGUCCCCUGCAAAUCUUAAUAAGCUAAUACUUGGCAGUAUCAUUAAUCCACAGCAAUCAUAGGCUUGGACUGUAAUGUACUCUGUAUUCUCUUUACUGUAGCUCUCUAAUGUUAUGCUUUAAACAGA